CGCAGCGCGAGAGGGACAUGGCAUCGCCGCGGGUGGUGGCGCUCCUGUUCUGCCUGGCCGUCUGUCUCCAGCGGGGUCUGGCCAUCAGAUGCCACGAAUGCGGCCGCUUCUCGAAGGAGAAGGGCAUCAUCGAGGCCUGCAACAAGACGCAGACGUCGGCUGCCGACCGCAAGGAGUGCCACCACACCAGCAUCAUGUGCCUGAAACAUGUCAAUGGCAAGAAAAUGGUGAAAAUGUGCACCGACUUUUGCAUACCCUACAGAGAUGAGGAGAACGGCGGCGAGACGUACUGCUGCACGAUGCCCGACUUUUGCAACAGUGCGACCGUCCGUCUCCCAACUGUGGCGUUCUUGAUCUCCGUCUUUCUGGUCACACUCAGCUCCAGCUCCACAGCUGCGGCCUGAAGUCAGACAGGAGACGGCGCCUUUCAUGAUAGCCGUCCUCCUGGCAACACGAGGAGCACCACAGUAAACCCUUGAGCAGUUCUUAAACGGCUGAACACCUCCCGAAAACCAGCCCGACAGCACGCUUCUGCUGAUCUCCACCAUGGCCUAAACAGUGAACAGUCAGCCAAGCGCUGCCUGUGGUCCAGCGAUUGCGUAUUUUUACUUCCGCCCAUCUCCAGACCGUAGAAGCCUGAACAACCACGCUUAGACGGCCAGCUCUUGACAACGGUGAGGGAAAAGAACUAGUUCGUGUUGGUGGGAACCACGUCAGCACUGUUUUCAAAUACAGCCCCCUGUCUGAAAACGACAACAAAAAUAUGUGCUUCGUCAGAACAUUUUGGCUUCUGUUUAUCUCGCCUCUCAGCCAGAUGACGCUGAAAUAAGUUUUCUCCGAGAAUACAAGUUGUACGGGCGGAGUUUCUGAAGGGAGGGCCCAGAGCUCCGUAAGUAGGCAUGACGCCGAUUUUGAACUUUCUGUCGGGAGCCAUCUGUAGUGAAAUACGAAAAAUUCGGUCUUAAAGGGGGGGGG